UCUUUACCGACUUGGACUUGCCAUGUCACACCCUAGGAACAAGGCACGCAGAGGAAGCUAUGAUGGAAUUUUAAACAACAAAACCCAACACAAGUCUCUGGCCCAGCGAAGAUGUUCAGCACCUUCCCUUGUGUUUCCUAAAGCUCUCAGCAAACCAUGGUCCACAGGAAGGGAGAACAGUGCUUGUUCCAUUUCAAUUGAACAAUGCCCCUUUGUCCUGGGACUAUCAAAUGAAGAUUCUGAGCUGAUUUUGCAUGCAUGUGUACAGUUGACCCAGGAUUUCAAGACCAAGGAAAGAUACCUACUCUUGUUCAGCGAUAUGAUCAUAAUCGCCAAAUUGAAAUCAGGCACUAGCUUUAGACUAAAGCACCGAGUGGAUCUCUCUCAGAUGAUGGUCUUGUCCUGUAAGGAAGAUGAGGAAGAUACUUGUGCUUUUCAUAGUUCUCCAAAGAACGCCUUAAUAUUUAUAUGGCCUUACAGUGGCUGCAUUGCAUCUUUCCGAUGCACCUUGUCUCCUCUUUGUUACAGUUCUUGUGAAGUGAAGGAACUCUGGCUGGAUACACUUGUGUGGCAGAUAAGAGAAGUUGGUGGGAUUGAGGGUACUACUGCCCCCUGUGCAGCAUUACUAAUGAAGGUUCUCACAGGCUGCAAUGCUUCUAAAGCUCUGGCUGCCAACAACAUGGAUACCUUAAUCGACUGCCAUACAGAAGCAGAUGCCAAGAAGUACCAAUUAUUGGCAGACGUGAUCGGUGAGGGGGGCAUCUACCAUGCCAUCGAAAGCCCCAAGAAGAGAAAAGCAGUCAUCUCCUGGCCCUUUACAUUAAGACGAAGCUCAAACCUCUCAGAGUCUUCAAGUCCACCAGAACUAAAGACCACCUUAUUUGACCAACCACUAUCCAUUAUCUGUGAGGAGGACAACCUUCCCAAAGCAAUACUUGACAUAUUAACUAUCCUGAGAGUGCAAGGUCCACAGACGGAAGGCAUUUUUCGCAAAGCUGCCAAUGAGCGAGCUCGCAAGGAACUCAAGGAUGACCUGAACUAUGGAAGGGACUUGGACUUGAAAAGCAAAUCUGUGCACCUAUUGGCUGUUGUAUUUAAGGAUUUCUUAAGAGGGAUCCCAAACCAGCUGCUGUCAUCUGAACUUUAUAGCAAGUGGAUGUCUUCAUUGGAGAAGCCAAGGUUGGAAGAGAAAAUUGAGGAAAUGAAAAGUGCUUCAGAGAAACUACCAAAACCAAAUUUUAUUUUGCUACGACACUUGAUAUGUGUUCUCCAUCAUAUUAGUAAAGCUUCAGAUAUAAACAAGAUGGACGCCAGAAACUUAGCAGUUUGCAUUGCUCCAACCAUGCUCAUCCCUCAGGUUGAUAAGAACCUUCCCCUUGAAACUCAAAAGGAGCUGAACGAAAAGGUCACAUUGCUGGUUGAGUUCUUCAUAGAUCACUGCUCUGAAUUGUUUGGUGAAGAUGUAUCACAGUUAAUCAGCAAUUUGGAACAGGAAUCUCUAGAAAACAUUAAUAGUCCAGAAUUGCCUUUUCUUCCGAAUGACUCUGCUUAUGACAGUACUGACCCAGACCAUGAGUGUAAUGCAGGUACUUUCACCAGAUACCAAACUGAGCAGCAAAGAUCCAGCAGAGGUGAAAAUGAGCAGGACACAAUAUACCAUGAUAUGAUUCUUUCAAAUUUGCCUAUAACCCACUUUAAAAAAGAGGUCAACAGCAUGGGCAGAAGAUGCUCGGAACCAUUUAUUUUUCCUUCACAGCAUGAUAAGCCAAUAGCUGAAAAGAAGCUAACCAGAAGUCAUGAUGAUGUUGCAAUCAGGAAACAAUGUCUACAGUGUAAUAAUGAUAAGCUGCCUACUACUUCCCCCGAGAAAUACUGUGAUCGAGCUUUGUAUAGGAAGAAUAUGCCAAAAGGUCUGAAAAUUAAUACAAACUAUGACCCAAAUAUCAUUGAUGACGUUUUAGUCAGUGCAUCCUCAAGCUGCUCUCUUGACAGCUCUUUCUCAGACUGUUCAGUUUUUACUAGCUCUCCACUUGUAUCCCCCUUUAGUCCAAAUAAAAAAGAUUUGCCAAGGCACAAUUCUUUAUAUGUAAAAUGCGGUGUCAUGAAUGAUAUGAUCAAAGUUGGACAAGAAAUGAAGAAGCACUCAAAUUCUUUUUGUUAUGCAAAACACAAAAAACUGGUAACGAAAACACAAAGCUGGGGUCCUGACAGAGAUAAUGGUGGUGGAUUACAACGAAAUGGAUUCAGCCAAAGUUUUCGUUACAGGAACCAAACUGAGAGUGAUGGUUUUAGGGACAAGGCUUUCCAACAUCCACAAGUUGUUAGAAUAAAACCUAAAUCUGCCAGGAAAUUAUCUGUAGAUGAAGUGUUCAGAAUGGUAGACCAACGAAAUCCUGGGAAGCCUCCCUCAUAUGAAGAGUCAGUCCAUAAAAAUGGAAGCCCUUACAGUCAUAGCAUAACUGUGCAAACCGUGAGAGACAGUGUAUCAAGUAUUGACUGCUUUACACCUAUUGGACCUUCAACAGACUCCAUUCAUGUAGAGAACAUUUCUCUUAACGACAAUAGACCCAAUUCUGUUACUGAGGUAAAGAUGGACAAUACUUGUGAACAAAUUCUGCCAAAUUGCCAGCUUGAGAGAACAAAAUCAGGACUUGCUAGAACCAAUUAUGAAUCCAGUCAGAGGAACAAGCACGAAUGUAUAAAUCGAAGAUGCAGUCAGCCAAUCUUUGAGAUUUAUGAUCAGAUACAGUAUGCUAAGGAAUCCUAUGUUUGAGCGAGCACAUUGGUUUAUUGUAAAUACUGUAAUAUAGCACGUAGAACUUUUUAUUAAUGUGGCACUUCUUUGUGUUUUUGAGUGGGGUGUCUGAUAACUAAGUUGACACUAGAGAUCUGUUGCUCACAAUAUUACUGAUUUGCUUAUCUAACAUUGGGAGAAGAAAUCUUGGACAAAAGGCUAUUUCCAUGUGUUCAUUAAAGAACAAGGAGAACUAAAAUGAUGUAAAUGUGGCUUAUUACUUCAUUCACUUUUGUAACACUGUUCUCAAACUAAGGUAUGAUUCAGCCUAAGGCACGGACCUGGCAACUGGUUCAUGUUCUAUGAUUCACAGGCCAAAGUAGUGAGGGGUCAGAGUUUCUUUGCAGAAAAAUGGAGGUGUAAAUAGCGCCAUUUAUUUCUUAUUCUUUCUUGUGCGCAGAUAGCACAUGAACGAAAAAUAUGGCUCUCUGAAUAAGCCGUUAAUGUUAUGAUGAUAUUUAUAUGUAUAUGUAUCAAUGUUUAGUCCAAUCACUAUCCCACAUUAGAUUUUAAUGUGAACUUUUAGAUAGAAGUCAAACUAUGGUUUGAUGCAAUGACACUACACUAAGCACUUUCGUACUGUUCUCUGAAGAUUGUUUUAUUGUAACUUGAACCAAAUGUAUUAAAAGGUGAAAUAUACGGUGA